CCCCGUAGAAAAGACCGCAGCCGCGGCGAGCGCCUCAGGAGCUUCGCCGCGGCCGGCGGCCGCCAAGGGCUGUGCGUGCGCGUGCCCGAGCGCUAACGCCACGGCGCGCGCGGCCGCACAGACGUCGGGCUCCGUCGCCAUAGCGACUGGCCCUGGCAACGGCGAAGCCGCGCGGGCAGGCAGGAGGGCCGCGCGUGUGGGCGGAGGUGGGCUCGGGUGUUGGCGGCGGGCGCCCUGCUGUCUUCCUUCGUGCUGGCCGCCGCCAUGGCGGGCGUGAGCGGGGACGUGCGGAAGGUCUUCAUCUUCACCACGACCCAGAAUUACUUCGGCCUGGUGUCGGAGCCCUGGGACCAGCCGCUGAUGUACAGCUGCCCUGAAGUCAACAACUUCCUGGACGACGGCAACCAGAUGCUGCUCCGCGUGCAGCGCACGGACGCCGGCGUCUCCUUCUCCAGCGCGAUUGAUUUUGCUGACACAAAAGAUAAAGUGCUGGUGUUUUUCAAGCUGCGACCUGAAGUAAUUACUGAUCAGAAUCUACAUAAUAACAUUCUUGUUUCAUCUAUGUUAGAAUCACCUAUAAAUUCUCUUUACCAAGCAGUACGGCAAGUAUUUGCACCAAUGUUGUUAAAGGAUCAGGAAUGGAGCAGAAACUUUGAUCCCAAACUUCAGAAUCUUUUGAGUGAACUAGAAACUGGGUUGGGUAUAGUUCUACGAGGAUCAGACACUAACUCAUCAAAAUUGAACCUUAAGGAAGAUGACACACGAGGUAUUCUUACACCAAGUGAUGAGUUCCAGUUUUGGGCAGAACAAGCUCAUCGUGGAAAUAAGCAGAGUAGUAAAGAGAGAGCCAGUUAUUUUAAAGAAUUAUUUGAAACAAUUGCAAGAGAAUUUUAUAACUUGGACGGUCUGUCCUUAUUGGAAGUGGUUGACUUGGUGGAGACCACUCGGGAUGUUGUAGAUGACGUGUGGAGACAAACAGAGCAUGACCACUAUCCUGAGUCACGAAUGUUACAUCUCUUAGAUAUCAUAGGUGGUUCAUUUGGAAGAUUUGUUCAGAAAAAGUUGGGAACUUUGAGUCUAUGGGAAGAUCCUUAUUAUCUCGUGAAAGACCAUCUGAAAGCUGGUAUUUCAAUUUGUGAACAGUGGGUGAUCGCUUGUAAUCAUCUAACAGGUCAGAUGUGGCAGCGCUAUGUUCCUCAUCCAUGGAAAAAUGAGAAAUACUUCCCUGAAACACUUGACAAAUUUGGCAAACGCCUUGAAGAGGUUUUGGCUGUUAGAACAAUUCAUGAGAAGCUUCUUUAUUUUUUACCUGCCGGUGAAGAGAAGAUCAUGUGCUUGACUCGAAUAUUUGAACCUUUUAGUGGCCUGAAUCCUGUGCAGUAUAAUCCAUAUACCGAGCCUUUAUGGAAAGCUGCAGUGUCUCAAUAUGAAAAAAUUAUUGCACCCGCGGAACAAAAAAUAGCAGGAAAACUGAAAAAUUAUAUUUCAGAAAUUCAGGAUAGUCCACAGCAGCUUUUUCAAGCAUUUCUGAAAUAUAAAGAGUUGGUGAAGCGUCCAACUAUAAGUAAAGAACUGAUGUUAGAAAGAGAAACUUUACUGGCAAGACUUGUGGACUCAGUUAAAGAUUUUCGGUUAGACUUUGAGAAUCGAUGCCGAGGAGUUCCUGGUGAAGCAUCUGGACCACUUGCUGGCAAAAACCUUUCAGAAGUUGUUAAUAAUAUCGUUUGGGUUCGCCAGUUGGAACUGAAGGUGGAUGAUACUAUUAAGAUUGCAGAGGCUCUUUUAUCUGACUUGUCAGGAUUUCGAUCUUUCCAUCGAAGUGCUGAAGAUCUCUUAGAGCAGUUUAAGCUGUAUGAGCAAGAACAGUUUGAUGAUUGGUCCAGGGAUAUUCAGUCUGGUUUGUCUGAUUCCAGAUCUGGUUUGUGUAUCGAGGCUAAUAGUCGAAUUAUGGAAUUGGAUCCUAACGACGGAUCAUUAAAAGUUCAUUAUUCUGAUCGGUUGGUGAUUCUUCUGAGAGAAGUUCGUCAGCUCUCUGCACUUGGCUUUGUUAUUCCUGCCAAAAUACAGCAAGUUGCAAACGUUGCACAGAAAUUCUGCAAGCAAGCGAUUAUUCUUAAACAAGUGGCACAUUUUUACAACUCUAUUGAUCAGCAAAUGAUUCAAAGUCAGAGACCAAUGAUGCUACAGUCUGCAUUAGCAUUUGAACAGAUAAUUAAGAAUUCAAAAGCAGGAAGUGGGGGAAAGUCACAGAUUACUUGGGAUAAUCCUAAAGAAUUAGAAGGCUACAUCCAAAAACUCCAGAAUGCUGCUCAGCGACUUGCCACCGAAAAUAGAAAACUGAGAAAAUGGCACACUACGUUUUGUGAGAAGGUGGUCGUGCUCAUGAACAUUGAUCUGCUGCGGCAGCAGCAGCGCUGGAAAGACGGGCUGCAGGAGUUGAGAACUGGCUUGGCGAGUGUAGCCCAGGGCUUCCAGGCAAGCGACAUGCGAGCAUGGAGGCAGCACUGGAACCACCAGCUGUACAAAGCUCUGGAGCACCAGUACCAGAUGGGCCUGGAGGCCCUCAACGAGAACCUGCCGGAGAUCAGCGUGGACCUGACCUACAGACAGGGACGAUUACAGUUCAGGCCUCCUUUUGAAGAAAUCCGGGCUAAGUAUUACAGAGAAAUGAAGAGGUUCAUCGGCAUCCCCAACCAGUUUAAGGGAGUGGCUGAGGCCGGAGAGGAGUCCGUUUUUUCUGUUAUGAUUGAUAGAAAUGCAAGUGGAUUCUUGACUAUUUUCAGCAAAGCUGAAGAUCUGUUUAGGAGAUUAUCAGCUGUUUUACAGCAACAUAAGGAAUGGAUUGUAAUUGGGCAAGUUGAUAUGGAGGCUCUAGUAGAAAAGCAUCUUUCUACCGUCCAUGAUUGGGAGAGAAAUUUUAAAGCGCUGAAAAUUAAAGGAAAAGAAGUAGAACGACUUCCAAGUGCGGUCAAGGUAGAUUGUUUAAAUAUUAAUUGUAACCCUGUGAAGACUGUGAUUGAUGAUCUCAUCCAGAAGUUAUUUGAUAUACUUGUUCUUUCUUUGAAGAAGUCCAUCCAGGCUCACCUACAUAAAAUUGAUACGUUUGUAACUGAGGCUAUGGAAGUUUUAACAGUUAUGCCCCAGUCUGUGGAGGAGAUAGGGGAUGCAAAUUUAAAAUACAGUAAGCUACAAGAAUGGAAACCAGAGAUUUUGCCCUUAUUCCAAGAAGCUGAAGAUAAAAACAGACUUUUACGAACUGUGGCAGGUGGUGGCUUGGAAACAAUUAGCAAUCUGAAAGCUAAGUGGGAUAAAUUUGAGUUGAUGAUGGAAAGUCACCAACUUAUGAUUAGAGAUCAGAUUGAAGUAAUGAAAGGAAAUGUGAAGUCAUGUCUUCAGAUCUAUUAUCAAGAAUUGGAAAAAUUUAAAGCUCGUUGGGACCAACUAAAGCCUGGUGAUGAUAUUAUUGAAACCGGCCAGCAGAACGCUCUUGAUGCAAGUGCCAAGUCAAUAAAAGAGAAAAAAAUUGAGUUUGAUGAUCUUGAAGUCAUAAGGAAAAAGCUGGUUGAUGACUGCCAUCAUUUUGGACUGGAAGAGCCCAACUUCUCCUUGGCCUAUAGCAUCUCCAAGGACCUCGAGAGCUGUGCACAGGUCUGGGCGCUUUAUGAAGAGUUUCAGCAGGGGCUGCAGGAGAUGGCUGGCGAGGACUGGAUCACGUUUCGGACCAAGACCUAUCUGUUGGAGGAGUUCUUGAUGACUUGGCACGACAGGUUACGGAAGGUGGAAGAACAUUCGGCCAUGACGGUGAAGCUGCAGUCGGAAGUCGACAGAUACAGAACUGUAAUACCUAUUUUGAAAUAUGUGAGAGGGGAGCAUCUUUCUCCAGAUCAUUGGCUUGACCUUUUUCGUCUGCUUGGUCUUCCUCGGGGGACUAGCCUGGAGAAGUUACUGUUUGGUGAUCUCCUCAGAGUAGCUGAUGAAAUUGUUGCCAAAGCUUCAGACCUUAAAGAUUUAAAUAGUCGGGCACAAGGUGAAGUUACAAUCAGAGAAGCUCUACGUGAACUUGAUCUGUGGGGAGUUGGAGCAGUAUUUACCUUGACUGAUUAUGAAGACAGCCAAAGUCGAACUAUCAAGCUAAUUAAAGACUGGAAAGACAUAGUAAAUCAAGUUGGAGAUAACAGGUGCCUUCUUCAGUCUUUAAAGGAUUCUCCUUAUUAUAAAGGAUUUGAAGAUAAAGUGUCAAUUUGGGAGAGAAAACUUGCAGAAUUAGAUGAAUACCUACAGAAUUUAAACCAUAUUCAGAGGAAAUGGGUGUAUCUGGAACCCAUUUUUGGCCGUGGAGCGUUGCCGAAAGAACAGAUGCGCUUCAACAGAGUUGAUGAGGAUUUUAGGUCAAUAAUGGCUGACAUCAAGAAAGACAGUAGAGUCACAACGUUAACUACUCAUGCGGGAAUCAGAAACUCUCUGCUAACGAUACUUGACCAGCUUCAGAGAUGUCAGAAAUCAUUAAAUGAGUUUUUGGAGGAGAAACGCUCCGCGUUCCCCAGGUUUUAUUUCCUUGGUGACGAGGACCUGCUGGAGGUGCUGGGCCAGUCGACCAGCCCGUCGGUGAUUCAGUCCCACCUCAAAAAGCUGUUUGCUGGUAUUAACAGUGUGUGCUUUGAUGAAGAAACUAAACAUAUAAUUGCAAUGAAAUCUUUAGAGGGAGAAGUUGUACCUUUUAAAAACAAAGUUCUUCUAUCAAAUAAUGUAGAGACCUGGUUAAAUGAUUUGGCCUUGGAAAUGAAGCAGACGUUGAAGCAGUUGCUGAUAGAAUGUGUUACUGCUGGACGAAGUUGUCAAGGUUCGAUUGACCCAUCCUUGUUCCCUUCACAGAUCCUCUGUUUGGCAGAGCAGAUUAAAUUCACUGAAGAUGUGGAAAAUGCUAUCAAAGAUCGUAGCCUUCAUCACAUUGAAACGCAGCUGGUGACCAAGCUAGAGCACUAUACUAGCACUGAUACGAGUUCUGAGGAUCCAGGGAACACUGAGUCUGGCAUUCUGGAGCUUAAACUUAAAGCACUGAUUCUUGAUAUUAUUCAUAAUAUUGAUGUGGUAAAGCAAUUAAACCAAGUUCAAGUUCAUACAACAGAAGAUUGGGCCUGGAAAAAACAAGUCAGAUUUUAUAUGAAAAGUGAUCACACGUGUUACAUGCAAAUGGUCGAUUCUGAACUUCAGUAUACUUAUGAGUAUCAGGGCAACGCUCCCAAGCUGGUUUAUACGCCGCUGACAGACAAGUGCUUCCUCACUCUCACUCAGGCCGUGAAGAUGGGCCUCGGAGGAAACCCUUAUGGGCCGGCUGGGACUGGAAAAACGGAAUCAGUCAAGGCCUUAGGUGGACUUCUUGGAAGACAAGUUUUAGUUUUUAAUUGUGAUGAGGGCAUCGAUGUGAAGUCAAUGGGCCGAAUUUUUGUUGGUCUGGUGAAGUGUGGGGCCUGGGGCUGUUUUGAUGAAUUCAAUAGAUUGGAAGAGUCUGUGCUGUCAGCGGUGUCUAUGCAGAUCCAGACAAUUCAGGACGCUCUGAAGAACCACAGAACCGUGUGCGAACUGCUUGGCAAGGAGGUGGAAAUAAAUUCUAAUUCUGGAAUUUUUAUCACAAUGAAUCCUGCUGGAAAAGGUUAUGGAGGAAGACAGAAGCUGCCUGAUAAUCUUAAACAGCUUUUCAGGCCAGUGGCCAUGUCUCAUCCAGACAAUGAGCUCAUCGCAGAAGUUAUUCUGUAUUCGGAAGGCUUCAAGGAUGCCAAAGUCUUGGGCAGAAAAUUGGUAGCUAUCUUCAACCUAUCUAGGGAACUUUUGACGCCUCAGCAACAUUAUGACUGGGGUCUGAGAGCCUUGAAGACCGUUCUUAGAGGAAGUGGGGGCCUUCUUAGGCAACUGAAGACAAGUGGCAUUAAACAGAAUGUCGAUGAAAGUCAUAUUGUGGUACAAGCACUGAGGCUUAAUACAAUGUCAAAGUUUACAUUUGCUGAUUGCUCGCGGUUUGAUGCGCUGAUUAAAGAUGUGUUUCCUGGGAUGGACUUUAAAGAAGUGGAAUAUGGUGAGCUGAGUUCUGCACUACAGCAAGUCUUCGAGGAGGCCAAUUAUGAAAUCAUACCCAAUCAGAUCAAGAAGGCUUUAGAACUGUAUGAACAAUUACGCCAAAGAAUGGGAGUAGUCAUUGUUGGUCCGAGUGGUGCUGGGAAGUCUACUCUGUGGAGGAUGUUAAGGGCAGCGCUGUGCAGAAUUGGCAGAGUGGUCAAACAGUAUACCAUGAAUCCCAAAGCUAUGCCUCGACGUCAGCUGUUAGGCCAUAUUGACAUGGAUACAAGGGAAUGGUCUGAUGGCGUUUUGACAAAUAGCGCUCGCCAAGUGGUCCGAGAACCUCAAGAUGUCAGCUCAUGGAUAAUAUGUGAUGGUGAUAUUGACCCUGAAUGGAUAGAGUCCCUGAAUUCCGUUCUGGAUGACAACCGGCUCCUCACCAUGCCCAGCGGAGAAAGGAUUCAGUUCGGCCCAAAUGUCCACUUUGUAUUUGAAACUCAUGAUUUAAGUUGUGCCUCGCCAGCCACCGUAUCUAGGAUGGGGAUGAUCUUUCUUAGUGAUGAAGAGACAGAUGUUAAUUCUCUGAUAAAAUCUUGGUUGAAGAAUCAGCCUCCUAAUUAUAGGAAUAAUCUUGAAAACUGGAUUGGAGAUUACUUUGAAAAGGCUCUACAGUGGGUUCUAAAGCAGAAUGACUAUGUGGUUGAAACAAGUUUGGUUGGGACUGUGAUGAAUGGUCUGUCACAUCUAUGUGGAUCCCAAAAUCAUGACCAGUUUAUUAUUAAUCUCAUACGGGGACUUGGCGGAAAUCUGAACAUGAAAUCACGUCUGGAAUUCACCAAAGAGGUUUUUAAUUGGGCACGACAAUCUCCUCCAGACCCUCACAAACCAAUGGACACCUACUAUGACUCGAGUAGAGGACGAUUAGCAUCUUACGUGCUGAAGAAGCCAGAAAAUUUGACAGCCGAUGAUUUUAGUAAUGGCCAAACUCUCCCCGUCAUUCAGAUUCCUGACAUGCAGAGAGGCCUGGAUUAUUUCAAACCGUGGUUAAAUUCGGAUACUAAACAGCCAUUUAUUCUUGUAGGACCAGAAGGAUGUGGCAAGGGGAUGCUGCUCAGGUAUGCCUUCGCCCAGCUGCGGUCCACCCAGACCGCUACGGUCCACUGCAGCGCGCAGACCACGUCUCGGCACGUCCUGCAGAAGCUGAGCCAGACCUGCAUGGUGAUCAGUACCAACACCGGUCGCGUGUACAGACCCAAGGACUGUGAGAGACUUGUUCUGUACUUGAAAGACAUUAACCUGCCCAAGCUCGACAAAUGGGGCACCAGCACGCUGGUUGCUUUCCUGCAGCAGGUAUUGACAUAUCAAGGAUUUUAUGAUGAAAAUUUGGAAUGGGUUGGUUUAGAGAAUAUUCAAAUUGUGGCUUCUAUGUCAGCUGGAGGAAGACUGGGAAGACAUAAGCUGACCACCAGAUUUACUUCCAUUGUUCGUCUUUGUGCUGUGGAUUACCCAGAAAGAGAGCAAUUACAGACAAUUUAUGGAGCGUAUUUGGAACCGGUUCUCCAGAAAAAUCUGAAGAAUCACUCUAUUUGGGGCUCUUCAUCAAAAAUCUAUCUUUUAGCGGGAUCUAUGGUCCAAGUGUAUGAACAGGUGCGGGCCAAAUUUACAGUCGAUGAUCAUAGUCACUAUUUCUUUACUCCUUGUGUCCUUACCCAGUGGGUUCUUGGCUUAUUCAGAUACGAUUUAGAAGGAGGAACCUCAAAUCAUCCACUAGAUUAUGUAUUAGAGAUCGUGGCUUAUGAAGCACAACGCUUAUUUCGUGAUAAAAUUGUUGGUGCAAAGGAGCUUCAUCUCUUUGACAGCAUUUUAGCAUCCGUGUUUCAAGGAGAUUGGGGCUCAGAUGUAUUAGACAAUAUGGCAGACAGUUUCUAUGUUACAUGGGGAGCCCGACACAGCUCAGGAACAAGGGCGGCCCCAGGACAGCCACUGCCUCCCCAUGGAAAACCACUCGGAAAACUGAAUUCUGCAGAUCUCAAGGAUGUUAUUAGAAAGGGCCUUAUUCAUUAUGGACGAGAUAACCAGAAUUUAGAUAUUUUACUUUUCCAAGAAGUGCUGGAGUAUAUGUCUCGGAUCGACAGAGUACUGAGCUUCCCCGGAGGUUCCCUCCUCCUGGCAGGACGCAGUGGCGUGGGCCGGCGGACCAUCACCUCCCUGGUCAGUCAUAUGCAUGGAGCCGUGCUGUUUUCUCCAAAGAUUUCCAGAGGGUAUGAACUGAAGCAGUUCAAAAAUGAUCUCAAACACGUGCUGCAUCUCGCGGGGGUGGAAGCCCGGCAGGUGGUUUUGCUUCUUGAGGAUUACCAGUUCGUGCAUGCUGCGUUCCUGGAGAUGAUCAACAGCCUUCUGUCUUCAGGUGAAGUUCCUGGACUCUAUACCCUUGAAGAAUUAGAGCCUUUGCUGUUGCCUCUCAAAGAUGAGGCUUCGCAGGAUGGUUUUUUCGGACCAGUCUUCAAUUACUUCACAUACAGAAUUCAGCAAAACUUGCAUAUUGUCUUGAUAAUGGACUCUGCAAAUUUAAACUUCAUAAUAAACUGUGAGAGUAAUCCAGCUUUGCAUAAGAAAUGCCAAGUGUUGUGGAUGGAGGGCUGGUCAGAUAGCAGCAUGAGGAAGAUACCAGAAAUGUUAUUCAGUGAUACAGAUGGCAAAGAAAAAUAUAACGACAAAAAAAGGAAAGAAGAAAGGAAAAAAAACUCAGUUGAUCCCGAUUUUCUAAAAUCAUUUUUAUUAAUCCAUGAAUCUUGUAAAGCAUAUGGUGCUACCCCAAGCCGAUAUAUGACCUUUUUACGUGUGUAUUCUGCCAUCAGUAGCAGCAAGAAAAACGAACUAUUAAAAAGACAAAGUCAUUUGCAGGCUGGUGUGUCCAAACUGAAUGAAGCCAAAGCCCUUGUGGACGAGCUGAACAGAAAAGCUGGAGAACAAAGCGUGUUACUUAAAAUUAAGCAGGACGAAGCGGAUGCUGCCCUCCAGGAGAUCACAGUGUCAAUGCAGGAUGCUAGUGAGCAAAAGACAGAACUUGAAAGACUGAAGCACAAAAUAGCAGAAGAAGUUGUUAAAAUUGAAGAAAGAAAAAACAAAAUUGACGAUGAAUUGAAAGAAGUGCAGCCUCUAGUCAAUGAAGCUAAACUAGCAGUUGGAAACAUUAAGCCAGAAUCUCUUUCAGAAAUUCGCUCACUGCGUAUGCCGCCUGAUGUCAUCAGAGAUAUUCUUGAGGGCGUUUUAAGGUUGAUGGGUAUCUUUGAUACAUCUUGGGUGAGCAUGAAAAGUUUCCUUGCCAAAAGAGGUGUGAGAGAAGACAUAGCAACUUUUGAUGCACGAAAUAUUCCAAAGGAAAUAAGAGAGAGCGUUGAAGAACUUCUUUAUAAAAAUAAGGGAUCUUUUGAUUCAAAGAAUGCGAAGCGUGCCAGCACGGCGGCCGCUCCUCUGGCCGCGUGGGUUAAAGCAAAUGUCCAGUACUCCCAUGUCCUGGAACGGAUUCAGCCUCUGGAAACGGAGCAAGCGGGAUUAGAAUCAAAUUUGAAGAAAACUGAAGAUAGAAAAAAGAAACUAGAGGAGCUUCUAAAUUCUGUUGGCCAGAAAGUAUCAGAACUCAAAGAGAAAUUUCAGAGCAGGACAUCGGAAGCCGCUAAACUGGAAGCCGAAGUGAGCAGAGCGCAGGAGACCGUUCAAGCCGCCAAAGUCCUGCUCGGGCAGCUCGAUCGGGAGCACAAGCGCUGGCGUGUUCAGGUUGCAGAGAUAACAGAGGAAUUAGCUACUCUUCCUAAGAGAGCUCAGCUAGCUGCUGCAUUUAUUACGUAUCUUUCUGCUGCUCCUGAGGAUCUGAGAAAAACCUGUUUGGAAGAAUGGACCAAGUCAGCUUGUCUUGAAAAAUUUGAUAUAAGGAGAUUUCUUUGUACUGAAAGUGAGCAGUUAAUUUGGAAAAGUGAAGGCCUACCAUCAGAUGACCUUUCCAUAGAAAAUGCUGUUGUUAUCUUACAGAUCAUUGGUCUGAAAUCAUGGAGUCAAGUAUGCCCAUUCCUUAUUGACCCUUCUUCUCAAGCUACGGAGUGGUUAAAGACACAUUUGAAAGACUCACGUUUGGAAGUUAUUAACCAGCAGGAUAGUAACUUUAUUACAGCUCUGGAGUUGGCAGUGCGCUUUGGGAAAACGCUUGUUAUACAAGAGAUGGAUGGCGUGGAGCCUGUGCUGUAUCCGCUGUUGAGACGAGAUCUGGUUGCUCAAGGACCACGUUAUGUGGUACAAAUAGGUGACAAAAUUAUUGACUACAAUGAAGAAUUCCGCCUUUUCUUGUCAACAAGAAACCCGAAUCCCUUCAUCCCGCCGGAUGCAGCCUCCAUCAUUACAGAGGUUAACUUCACUACAACAAGAAGUGGGUUGCGAGGACAGCUUUUGGCUUUAACUAUUCAGCAUGAGAAACCUGACUUGGAGGAGCAGAAAACAAAACUAUUACAACAGGAAGAAGAUAAGAAAAUACAGUUAGCCAAGCUUGAGGAAUCUCUUUUAGAGACACUUGCCACAUCCCAAGGGAAUAUUUUGGAAAAUAAGGAUUUGAUUGAAUCUUUGAAUCAGACGAAAGCAAGCAGUGCACUUACUCAAGAGUCACUUAAAGAAUCUCACAAACUCCAAAUUUCCCUUGACCAAGAGCGGGACGCCUACCUUCCUCUGGCUGAGAGCGCCAGCAAGAUGUACUUCAUUAUCUCUGACUUGUCCAAAAUUAAUAACAUGUACCGUUUUAGUUUGGCUGCAUUUCUCCGACUUUUCCAGCGAGCUCUGCAAAACAAACAGGAUUCUGAAAAUACAGAACAGAGAAUCCAGUCUCUUAUCAGCUCAUUAAAACAUAUGGUCUAUGAGUAUAUAUGCCGUUGUCUAUUUAAGGCUGAUCAGUUGAUGUUCGCUUUGCAUUUUGUUCGAGGCAUGCAUCCUGAACUUUUUCAAGAAAAUGAAUGGGAUACGUUUACAGGUGUGGUUGUUGGAGACAUGUUGCGGAAAGCUGACUCUCAGCAAAGGAUCCGUGACCAGCUCCCGUCGUGGAUAGACCAGGAGCGAAGUUGGGCAGUGGCGACACUGAAGAUCGCUCUCCCCAGUCUGUACCAGACCCUCUGCUUUGACGACGUAGCUCUGUGGCGGACCUACUAUCACAGUUCAGUGUGUGAGCAAGAGUUUCCAUCUAUACUGGCAAAGAAAGUGUCCUUAUUUCAGCAGGUUCUGGUGGUGCAGGCCCUCAGACCGGACAGACUGCAGAGCGCCAUGGCUCUGUUUGCCUGCAGAGCUCUGGGACUGAAAGAGCUGUCCCCACUCCCCUUAAACCUCAAACGGCUCUACAAAGAGACGCUGGAAAUUGAACCUAUCUUGAUCAUUAUCUCCCCGGGUGCCGACCCUUCUCAGGAACUGCAGGAGCUUGCCAACGCCGAGAGAAGUGGAGAGUGCUACCACCAGGUUGCUAUGGGUCAGGGUCAAGCUGAUUUAGCAAUUCAGAUGCUAAAAGAAUGUGCCCGCAGUGGGGACUGGUUGUGUUUGAAGAACUUGCAUCUGGUGGUGUCUUGGCUGCCAGUUCUGGAGAAGGAAUUGAACACUCUUCAGCCUAAAGAGACCUUUCGUCUGUGGCUCACUGCAGAAGUCCAUCCCCACUUCACCCCUAUCUUACUACAGUCAAGUCUGAAGAUCACCUAUGAGUCACCUCCAGGUUUGAAGAAGAACUUAAUGCGUACUUACGAAUCUUGGACUCCUGAGCAAAUCAGCAAAAAAGAUAACAUACAUCGAGCUCACGCUCUCUUUAGUUUUGCAUGGUUUCAUGCUGCAUGUCAAGAAAGAAGAAAUUACAUUCCACAGGGUUGGACCAAGUUUUAUGAGUUUUCUUUAUCAGAUCUUCGGGCUGGAUACAGCAUUAUCGACAGGCUCUUUGAUGGUACCAAAGAUGUGCAGUGGGAAUUUUUACACGGUUUACUUGAAAAUGCUAUUUAUGGUGGACGCAUAGAUAACUAUUUUGACCUUAGAGUUCUUCAGUCAUACCUGAAACAGUUUUUUAAUUCUUCAAUAAUUGAUGUUUUAAACCAAAGGAAUAAGAAAAGUGUUUUCCCGUAUUCCUUGUCUCUACCAAAAUCCUGCAGCAUUCUGGACUACCGUGCUGUCAUUGAAAAGCUUCCAGAGGAUGAUAGACCAAGUUUCUUCGGUCUUCCUGCCAAUAUAGCUCGCUCGUCUCAGCGCAUAAUCAGCUCUCAGGUGAUUUCACAGUUGAAGGUCUUGGGCAGGUCUGCAGCAGCUGGCUGCAAAUUUGAUAGAGAAAUCUGGUCUAACGAGCUGUCCCCGGUCCUCAAUCUCUGGAAGAAACUAAACCAGAACUCAAACCUGAUUCAUCAGAAGGUGUCUCCUCCUAAUGAUCGGCCAGGAUCUCCAAUAUUGUCAUUCAUCAUCCUGGAACAAUUUAAUGCCAUUCGCUUAGUCCAAAGUAUUCAUCAGUCUCUUGCUGCUCUCAGCAAAGUCAUCAGAGGGACUACCUUACUGAGUUCAGAAGUGCAGAAAUUGGCAAGUGCUUUAUUAAACCAAAAGUGUCCUCUCGCAUGGCAGAGCAAGUGGGAAGGCCCAGAAGAUCCCUUACAGUACCUGAGAGGUCUUGUAGCUCGUGCCCUCGCAAUACAGAGCUGGGUAGAGAGAGCUGAGAAGCAGGCUCUUCUCUCUGAUACACUUGACCUGUCCGAGCUCUUCCACCCAGACACGUUUCUCAACGCCCUUCGCCAGGAGACAGCAAGGGUGAUGGGCUGCUCUGUGGAUAGCCUUAAGUUUGUAGCCUCGUGGGAAGGUCGGCUGCAAGAAGCAACGCUGCAGAUAAAGAUGGGCGGCUUGUUCCUGGAAGGCUGCAGUUUUGACGGAAGCCAGCUCUCAGAGAAUCACCACGAUUCUCCCAGCGUGUGUCCCGUCCCCCCUUGCUGUGUGGGCUGGGUCCCCCAGGGUGCCUACGGUCCAUAUUCCCCCAAUGAGUGCAUAUCCUUGCCCGUGUACACGAGCGCCGAGAGGGACCGCGUGGUAGCCAACAUCGACGUCCCGUGCGGCGGCAACCAAGACCAGUGGAUUCAGUGCGGAGCGGCUCUGUUUCUAAAGAAUGCGUAGAAUGUAACGAUAAUAAAAGCUGUUUCAGCAAAAAGAAGCACUUGCUACUCAACUUUAAAGAAGUAUGUGGUCAGUCUACAUGUAACUGCUAGUCCCACCUUGUGCUCUUGAUCUCACUGCGUUGUUAUUUUCAUGGGUCAUGACAGCACCAUGCGACUUUUAAAGUAACGGUUCACAGGGUUCGUGUUAAAAUGCUGAUUUCCCUUGAGAACAUCACAUGUUUUUGUACGGCACUUCAUGGUUCCAGUGGCUCAAAAAAUUAAUGUUGUAAGUAAGAGGUUGAAAAUAGUAUAUUUAAAGAAUGAGUAAUUUUUGGCUAUUUUUUGGUAUCAUAAUUUUCUAUCAAUAAAAUAUAAGACCAUUAAUUUUUUCAGUCAUCUAUGGGUUUAGAUAUGUUUUCUCUUUUUAAACAGUAGAGAAUAUAUUCUAUUUUAGUUAAAAUAUACAACAUCUCAAAGUAAUCCAAGAGAAAUGGGGAAUAACAGCACAGAAAGGGUACGAAUUCUAUAAAUGGAAUAAUUAAACAAUGAGAGGUUAUCAUUUCUCGUGUAGAUGACUUUUCACCAUCUGUUUCUGUGAAACAGUAAAUUCUACAAUGGCUGGAAGCUUAAGUAAAUAUAUGUUGUAAUUUUAUAGUUUCUCAGCAACUGGAAUCAGGUUCAGAAAUCUUAACUCCUUGUCAACAUAUUACCGUUUGUACGGGUCCAGCCAGGAGACCAGAAACACGCAAACCACCGCACGAUUUCAAGGGGAAGUCCAGCAUCGAGGUGACACUCUGACAGAGGAAGACAGGGUGAGAGCGCCCGCCUGAGACGCCAGGACUCAGGCCGUGCCUGGGGCACAACAGACGUGGGGGGAGCCUCUCGGAGCCUGGGGUUCAGACCUCGUGGGACAAGGUCACAGUGCAGGCGGUUGGGGACCCGAGAAGUUUCCAGAGUUUCCGCAGUUCCAGACAUGCCCAAGCCAGUAGGGGCUCCAGAGCAGGCAGCGGCCGCGGCCAAAACCUGGCGAACACGGAUACGAUACGGUGGCUUCCAGGAGCCGCCUCGCAGCACCCGGCCCGUCGGCCAUCCGCUCUCCCCUUCUCUCCUCCGUGCGGCCGCCGGGCCGGGGACGCCGCUGUCUCGGGCCCUGUGUUUGCAGCCACACAGGACAGAGACACACACGAGAAACAGGGACUCUGGAGCGUGGCUGUGCUGGGGUGCUAACCGUGGACUUCGUGCAAGAGAGUCCGCACGCCGACAGGGCACUGGGCUGCUUUCCUAGUUCAACCAAACAGUGGCUUUUAAAAUGAAAAGCAUUUAGAGAGAAAACUGUGAACCUAGAAAUGACAAUGUCUCAAAGUUAGAAUUCCACAUUCUGAGGUAAUUCCCUUCAGAGCUCCUUCAUUUGCAAGCUUUCUAGUCUAGUUGCAGGGUGUGUGAUUACAGAAUUUACUCAACUCUUCAUAACCUCAACAAAGACUUCAUUGAGGUCUAUAAUUUGCAUUUGAUUAGAUUAUUUUAGAUCAAAGCAAAAACGGCACUAUACCUUGGCCGAAGCUACAAACAUACGCACGUGAUUCCCACGUGUGAGAUCAGGGAUGAGGGGAGGAGAGGGACAGAGCCUGUGGCUGCAGCCGACUUACAGGCUUGAGCGGGACCGCAGCGUGGCCGGAGUCCUCGCCUGGGAGUAGGACCCCGGGUUCCGAGUCUCCACCGGCCCCCUCACCUUUGCCGAGACAACCUGAGCCGCUGAGCUUUGGUUCUGUGUCUGUGAGAUGCGGGCUGUUGUACGCAUUGAGAAGUGUGGUCUGAAGAACACCACCGUAUGAACUAAAGCAGACGCACAUCCGAGGUACUGGACAUGGAUUUAAAUGCUCGAUCACAAAUCAGUUUUAUAUAAAACAGUUCACUAUGUAGAAAUAAAAAUUAAGCUGGGAAUGAUGUGAUUAUACUAUUAACCAGUUUUCCAUUAUCUGGUCUAUGUGUGAUUGUGUUUCUAGUGUGAAAAGUCCAUUUUGUUUUCAGAAGAUGAACCACAGCUUAAUCAAAGGGCUGUCUUCUGUAGAAUUUUGUUCAGAACCAACACAGUAUGUAUGUGCUGAGCACGAGAGAGUGACUCCAAGUGACAGAGAGACGCCGUGUUCACGCGUCCACGUCACCGAGGAGAACAGCCAGCCCCUGUUCAGGAGAGCUGCUCAGCCUGGAAACUGGCUGGAAAGACCCUCGAGUCUCCCUCCCCUAAGGAAGGGGCCGCAGAGCCGAGUCCUUGUCAUCCUGGAGGCGAGAAUGCUCAGAGCAGGUGCGUGGACCACUUCUCCAUCUUGACACUUAUUUGCUGCUGCAGAGUUUCUGGUUAGAAGAUAACAGUGUCCGUCAAAAUACUUGUGACAUUAUGUCUUUUCAUCGAAAAGUCAGCUCUACAAUGAAACGUAGGCAGAGGGCGAGGGGGAGGGGACACUUUGCUUUGUGACUGACCGUAGGAGAAAUAGUGCCGGGCGCGCUUUCAAAUGCUUCCUAUCGUACCUGGUGUGGUCGGACCAUCCCCAGUAAGGUGAGUGCAUCCUCAUCGAUGACAUGAUGAGGUCACGAUGACCUGGUCGUUGUGAUCUUCGUUUCCCUGUUUACAAGUAAGGUUAAGGGACAUUUCUUAAGUUUACUGUCCCUUUGUGACUUCCGCGAAAUGCUGUUUUUAUCUUUUGCUCAAUUGUUUCUAUUUGGUUGUCUUUUCUUAGAUAUUGCCAAAUCAAACUUUUCUACUUGAAUGCAGGUUUUCUCAGACUUUCCUCUGGUUUGUUUUCCCAGAGCAAGGUUCUUAAAAAGAACAUUUUUUUCCUUUAAAGUUUUACCUUUUGUUAGUGGAGGGACCACAGAUUGCAACCUUAAGUCAGAUAAAGCUAUGUGCCAUCCUGACUUUAGUUGCCUGUCAUUUUCUUUAUCUGUAAGUUACAUGGGCCUAAGAAAAUCAGAGGAUGCCAGAGUCUGCUCAUCUCUGUGAAAGGAGAAAUCAGAACUCCAAGGCGGCUGCAGACAGUUCUGGGAGCUGGGAGGUCAACAGGGGCAUCGGCCAGCUAGCUUGUCGGCGCAUACAGACGGCGCCUCAUUCUAGCAGGAGGAGAGACCAUCUCACGUAGCGGCUUCCACAACCACCACCAACCCUGACUCGUGUGCUCCCCAAGUUCGCUCUAUCCCAAAGGGUUGCCUCCCCACAGGAAUCUAUACAAUGAAAGGGGGCAGAGAAAGGAAGAGCUGCCAUCAUCUCCUUCAGACACGGUUCCUGGGGUUGGAGCCUCCAUGCUGUGUGCGGAAGAGCACCCGGAGCAUGGGCAACGGUCGCAGCCAAGACUCAUCAGAAACUCCGUGUGAGCCGUCUGACCGUUUAGACUGAGGCAGGCCUGAGCUUUGGUGCUCAUGAUUUUACAGUAACCAUUUCCAGGAUUGAUUUUUUUUUUUUUAAUUGAACUAAACUAGCAACAGGAGAAUUCAGUGGCACAGAAUCAGGCUGCUCACAGACAGCUGUUGGUGUCGAGGAAAAAGUUAUUCCUAAACCAUAAAUACAGUCCCUUGAGCCUUGUAGGGUUGUAAUAAACUCGAAGCCCUAUUGCACACCCAAACUCAAUUUAUUAGCAUCUGACACAACGUGUCAAGGAUGCUGAUUAAUUACCUGAUUUUGCAAGCCAGGCAUGGACCGGGAGUGAUUCUCCUCGACAAUGUGCAUAGCUGCUGAAGGAAACUGAGCAUGUCCGUCCGCCCCGUGUCAGCAGCAGCUCCCAAAGGGCCUGUGUGCGCCCACUGCCCUCCGUUUAAGCCUUCAAAUUUACUCAGACAUAAAUGGAAUUUGCAAACGUUCAGGAUCUAUCAAUUCUUUAUUCUUA